UACAGCGGGGCGCCCGGGGCUCCUGGCCGGGUCGUCCUCCCUCCGGUCAACUUGGGGAUUCGGGUGGCCACACGGCUGACGUCCCAUGGAAAGGCUCCCGUUAGUGGCACACUUGCGGGCGCCGCCAGGACGAGCCGGCGUAGAGCUUGGGCUUUCUCCCUCUCAAGGUUCUUCAAGGAUGCAGAUGAGCAGCAACAGUGGUAAGAGAGCACCGACGACAGCGACCCAGCGCCUGAAGCAGGACUAUCUCCGGAUUAAGAAAGACCCCGUGCCUUACAUCUGUGCCGAGCCCCUCCCUUCCAACAUCCUUGAGUGGUCGGACAGGUGUUCAAGGAUUUUGGAUCCACAUUCCUUGGCUUGCAGAGAAGGGCACUAUGUGGUCCGAGGCCCUGAGAUGACUCCCUAUGAAGGUGGCUAUUAUCACGGAAAACUAAUUUUUCCCAGAGAAUUUCCUUUUAAACCUCCUAGUAUUUAUAUGAUAACUCCCAAUGGAAGAUUUAAGUGCAAUACAAGGCUGUGUCUUUCUAUCACGGAUUUCCACCCAGACACAUGGAACCCAGCCUGGUCCGUCUCCACCAUCCUGACGGGGCUUCUCAGCUUUAUGGUGGAGAAGGGCCCCACCCUGGGCAGCAUCGAGACAUCAGACUUCACGAAAAGACAACUGGCUGCACAAAGUUUAGUGUUUAAUUUAAAAGACAAAGUGUUUUGUGAAUUAUUUCCUGAAGUUGUGGAGGAAAUUAAGCAAAAACAGAAAGCACAAGACGAACUCAGUAGCAGACCCCAGGCUCUCCCCUUACCAGACGUGGUUCCAGAUGGGGAGACGCACCAUGGCCAGCACGGGCUCCCUCUCCUCAAUGGGCACGCGCCGGGGGCCGGGCCGCACCUGGCGGGGCUCCAGCAGGCCAACCGGCACCAUGGACUCCUGGGCGGGGCCCUGGCGAACUUGUUUGUUAUAGUUGGGUUUGCGGCCUUCGCCUACACGGUCAAGUACGUGCUGAGGAGCAUAGCGCAGGAGUGAGCCACCACCACGACCAGCAGAGGGGUCGGACACACAGGACGCUGGGCCCGAGCUCGACGUGGGCUAGCUGGACGUGCCGCUGAGCACAGGGCGGGCCUGGCUGACUCCUGGGGUUAGCUUUUUAAAAACCUUUAAAAGGAAAACAAGAACCAAAGCGUGUAGUUUGGAUUUGGAGGAAACAUGAGAUCCCCAGCCCCCAUGCUCGCCAUGGCAUUCGGCAGGGGCUGCGGGGCUCCAUAUCCACGAGGAGGCCUCACGCUUUGGUUUUAUAGCUAAUCUCCCGUAUUGUCUUUUGGACCUGUUUUAGUAACCUGUUUUUCAUUUUAUUAGAUUUGGUCACUUAAAAAUAUAAAACUCGAUGCCUAUCCAACA